AUGACGUAUGCAAUUUGUGUGUGUUUGAGUUCACGGAACUUCCGAUUGUAUCAGUUCACGGGCUUAUAGACCCUGCCGAUUUCUGACAGACAUUUGUAACAGAUGGUCAUUGCUAUUCAUUGCCAUUGGUAUUCAAACAUAACAGACUUUGAUCACAAGAAAAAAAUAAAGAUAUGCAUGAAAAAAGUAAAGUAAAGUAGAAACUGCACUAUCAAGACUGGAGCAACUAUGUCAAAUAUGUCGAAAACCCAGCUGCUUAAUAGUGAUGCCAGUACAACCACGACUUCUACAAAUUCACACACAGAAUCAGUGCCAGGUGGAUCAGCUGAGACGGGCCCUAGUGAUGUCUCCUCCACUCACACCCAGGUGACAAACCUGACAUCCACAACACUGAGUCCUCCUUCCUCCUCUUCCUCUUCUCCUGAGGUGAUGGUUUCUCCUCCGAUCAUCUCCAGCGCUGCUCUAGACAGUCAGCCAGUGCAGCAGAACUUGACUCAGAUCAGUGUGUCUUGUCAGUCUGUGGUGGUCCAUGUACAAAUUGAGCUACACGAUGGCACAGUUUAUGUAGUCAACUCAAAUGAUGAUUCAAAAGUUGUGGAGGAUCUGUGUAUUUACCUUCUGAGGAAACAUUUCCCAAAGAUGGGACCUGCAGCAGUGCAGCUUUUUGGUCUGGCUUCUGUAGACAAGAAACGAAUACCAAAGAUGUUAUGGGUGAAUCCUUGUAUUACUAUGGGAGAGCUGAAGAAACAGUUAAGUUCACCCACUGCUAACGCUAAACACAUUUUCUAUCUGAGAAUACGAUAUGUUCCGGGGAGAAAGUUUGUGAACAAUUUGCCUGUUCUAGGCCAGGAUCUUCUGAAAUAUUUAUACUUACAGUGCAAGGAUGACUUUGUGAAGAGUCGGCUUAGUGAUAUCUAUGAACAGGAUAUAAAGAAUGAGGCAAAAGCCCGAGGUUAUGCUGUUCUCAGCAUUGUCAUUGCCAGUAAAAUGGAAGAUAAAGACUUUGUUGAAGUCCUGAACAAACAGAAACUUGAUCCUUUCUUGCCAUCCCACCUGAUUGCGAGGUUUUGGAGAGGAGUUCAGCUGAAGAAGAACAUGAAAACGAAGACAGAGGAGUUUUUAUCGCAGCAUUGUAACACUUCUGUAGAGGAACUCUGGUUGGGAUACAUCAAGGAUGUUUUGAAUGAGGUACAGAGUUAUGGUGUGGAAAGAUACGAGGCCAAACAAGUAUCAGGAAGCUUGCGCCCCGUACAGCUCACGCUCGACGUACAACAACAUGAAGAAAAUGGCAGCACUCAGUACAAAGGGCUCUUUAUUCAUAAUGAAUUUUUUUCUUCGAUAGACAAUUUCCGAGCCAUUCACAUAUCGCCUAAUCAUGCUGAUCAGAAAAAAUCAUGGAACGUACACCUGGACAGAUCCAAUGGUUGCCCUGAGGUGUUGAGAUUUGAGAGUAAAGCUGUGGCUGAAUCCUUUGUCUCCGGCAUCAAUGGCUACUACCGCCUAAUUACAGACUACUACAUGAACCUAUACCAACAGAUGGAGCUUCCAUCCCUACAGGAAAUCAACAAGCUUAAGUGCCAUGGUCCAAUCGAAACAAACACAGCAGUCCGCAAGCUGAAAACAAAAUACUUGUCUGAGGAGUAUUACAUACUGAAACAGAGUAUGUUAGUAUUUGAUCAGUUGGCUAUACUGUUCUGUAAUGCUGGACAGACCAGAAAAAGACUGAUCGAUCGAAGAAAGAACCAAUACUGUUUGGAGGGGGAGCCAGAGGAAAUGUUCAAAGACAUCAACUCCAUCAUCAAAUACAUGUCUGAUAACCGCAACCUCCUUCCAAAAGGCCCAGUCAAGGUUAAACCCCAGCAAGAACCUGUUGAUGUUUUGAGAAAACUUUUUGUGGAAGAAAUCAUACCGGAUGAAGAGGAAGAAACAGCCUUAAACAAUCAGAAAAGGAAACCCAAUCUCAUCCUUCCAGAGGAUAUUCAGGUCAAAGAACCCACAGUAUGUGGAAGUUUCACUGAAGUUUUAACGUGUGACCUUGAUAGUGGCACAGUUUAUGCAGCAAAGCGAUUACGGCAGACCUCCAGUGACCAGAUGUUUCGUUGUUAUGAGCAUUUUCAGCAUGCAGUUCAGCAGUUGAUUAGGAUGGAGGAUCCAAAAUUUUUUGUGCGUGUCCAUGGACUGGUCUUGUCCAACCCUCCUAUGUUGGUCAUGGAAAGGGCCCAGCAUGGUUCCUUGGCAACCUUUUUCAGGAAGAGGCAGUCAAACCAACCAAUCAAACCUUUUCAUCUAUUGAAUGCAGCAAGUCAGAUGGCACAUGGAAUGCUUUAUUUAAAUGAGAAACAGUUAGUACAUGGGAACCUGUGUUGCCGUAAUUUGCUUGUCUUCCGAUAUGAAAUUGAUGACAUUCUGGUCAAGAUUGGGGAUCCAGGAAUGGUCAAUCUCUUGAACACUCUGGAUUUAUUGAAUCCUCAGAACAGGCAUAGAUUGCUAUAUUUGGCACCUGAAUUGUAUACAGACUAUCAGAAAUGGGUGCUGAAUCCAAAUGUUUCAAAAAUGACAACUCAGUCAGAUGUGUUUGCAUUUGGGACAACCCUUUGGGAGAUGUUUGCUGAUGGACACAAUCCAGUGGAAACACCAAGAUUUUCCAACUUAAGCAGUGAAAAGGUUUUACAAGCAAUUUUCAACAAAAAGCUUGAUCCUCCCCCUAGUUUGAAUGAAAACAUAGAAUGGAAGCAAAAAUUGAGGAAUUUGAUGUCCUCUUGCUGGAAACCUGUAGAUGACCGCCCAGAUCCUAAACUUCUUCUGAGAGACCUCCGAGCUCAAGUGGCAGAUUUAGAGUCUUCAUCUUCAAGAGACCAAGGCUAUUCAUCUAUCAAUAAAAAGCUCAUUCAAGAUGACAACUUCCAGGUGAUAGGAAGUAAUGGCGACAAUGUCCCAGAUCUCAUUAGCAGUACCCAAGAAUCACAGACUUGGUGGCCUGUAAAGGAUACUAUGUCACCAUCAACAGAACCCACCCUCGAUCCACCCUCGUUUCUCUUUCCAACAAAUUCAGCUGCUACAAACAGGGAUGCCAACAGGGCCUCAGACUCUGUCAUCAAUCGAUCACUUCCAAACCUUCCCUUAGAUCUCAAGUACAUCAUAAGCUCUCGGAGACUCAGUAUUCGGGAAAAUAAAAUUGGGGCUGGACAUUAUGGUGUUGUGAAACGAGGCUUGCUGUAUGCCAGUCCUGAAGACAGAUCCAAUCCUCUGGAGAUUGCUGCUAAAGAAUUGAAGGGAGAUUUCCAGAAUGUUAUAGACAGCACAGAAUUCAAGGAAGAGGCAAUAUUGAUGUCCAAACUGGAACAUGCUAAUGUGGUCAAGUUCUUGGGAAUCAGUGACAACAUGUUAAUUCUGGAAUACGUAGAAAAUGGGGCCUUAAACAUGUAUCUAAGAAAAUUCCGCAAGUGGGAUGAAUUGCUUCCGGAAUGGAGACUAAUUAAGAUGAUCACUGAUGUUGCACAGGGAAUGGCUUACCUUGCCAAUAUGAGGGUGAUUCACUGUGACUUGGCUGGCAGAAAUGUCCUUCUGACGAACACUCUAGUGGCCAAAAUCACCGACUUUGGUCUAGCCAAGAUUCUAAAGGCAGACAAGGACUACUAUACUAGGUCCUCUGGCAAAGAACUUCCUCUGAUGUGGUGUUCACCAGAGAGCAUAGCCAAUAGGAAAUUUACGACAAAAGGCGAUAUCUGGAGCUACGGUAUUUUGAUCUGGGAGGUGUUCACUCACGCCAAAGCCCCCAUAUUGUGUAACAAUUUCUCCAAGGAGGGAUACCAGAAACUGAUGGAAGGAAAACGCCUGAAAAAAACUACACACUGUCCAGUAGUGGUGUAUAAAUUCAUGGAGAAAUGUUGGGAAUUUAGGCCCGAAGACCGACCCGGUUUCAACGAGGCUUGUGAAUAUUGCAGAAAAUUCAGUGAAGAGUACCCGGAACCAAAAGAAGAGGUGCAUAAAUCGCCACAUCCCCAAGAGCCCCUCCCACCGGUACCUCCUGUGCCCAUAGAGCUCACUGAUACUGGAACUGACCCUCAUCAUCGUCCCUCAGGUAUUCUCGGCACAGACCAACAGACAGGCAGGCCGGGUAUUCCAAUUAUGGCCAAUUUACCACCAUCAGAAGAUCUGAAAUACAUGAUCAAUACGAAUCACAUCAAGCUGGGGGAGGAAGUGAUUGGAAAGGGACACUUUGGAUAUGUAAAACAGGGCGAAUAUUCACCAAAGGGAAAGGAAAGCAUAAAGAUUGCUGUCAAAGUCUUCAAAAAUCCACAUUCCAAGAAAAUUGAGAUGGAGAUGGUGAAGGAAGUAGAUGUAUUGGGAACAUUGGAACAUCCUCAUAUCGUCAAGUUCUACGGAUUUACCAAAAAACCAGAUCUAAUGAUGAUCAUGGAGUAUGUGGAGAAUGGUUCUCUGAGAAGCUAUCUGGAACAAACUAGGGCUAAGAAGAGCUGGGUACCAGAUUCCAGACUGAUUGCCAUAGUGAUAGAUAUCACCAAGGGCAUGGAGUAUCUGACCGAUAUGAAAGUAUUCCAUUGUGACUUGGCAGCAAGAAACAUUCUUCUUACAAAGGAUUACACUGCUAAAAUUGCAGAUUUCGGACUCUCCAAACUGAUGACGUCAGACAAAGACUAUUACACGAGGAAAGGGCAGGAGGUCAUACCUUUACAAUGGUGUGCUCCAGAAGUCAUAGGGAAAACGAAGUACUCCUCCAAGACGGAUGUGUGGAGUUUUGGUGUGGUGAUGUGGGAGUGUUUCAGUCAAGGAGAAGUCCCCAGACUGUGUUCUGUAGAGAAGGAAGAAUUAAAGACAAUAACGUUCUUCUACCUGGAGAAAGGAGGUCGACUUGAGAAGCCAGACGGGUGUCACGAAGAAGUGUAUGGCUUGAUGAAAAAGUGCUGGGAGUGGGAAGCUGAAAAGCGACCUCCAUUUUAUCAAAUCCAUCAGCAGUGUCUAAAACUACAAGAAAUUUUGGGCAAGGACUAGUAUAAACUAAUUAUAUAGCCCUUGGAAGAAAUUUGCACCAAGAUGGAGGUUGUACCUCAAAAUGCAGAUAAAAUAACGGAUAUAUGCAACAAGAAAUUUAACUUUCAUUGAAGUUUUGUCACCAAUAGCUACCAACGUUCUCCUAGGCUGCUAUAGACCAUAACCUAUUUUUUAUUCAAAAGGAAUAUGAAUCCUCUUUAAUGGAAUGUUGGUCAUGAUAAAAUAUGCAAGUAUAAUACAAUAGAAUUACUUUAAAAGUUUUAAAAUAAUGAUGAGGAAUUUACCUGGUAGACGUGGUGUAAGUAACAUGUAGGACCUAUACAAUUUUGUUUACCGAGAUAAAAUUCAUUGUUAAAAGGUGGCGUUUUGCUAUUUUUGAUCAUGUUGUUUUGAAUAUAUUUGAUACUGUUUCCAGAGUUUUGUGCUAAUUCAUUAAUUUGAUGGUUUGUACUGGUAUUAUUUUUUUCUUGUUUUUGCCCACAUAAUCAGAGAUUCAGGGGCAUAAAGUUUUUGGUCUGUUUGUCUGUAAAAACUUAACCUUGUCCAUAACUUUUGAAUGGAUGGUGAUAGAACUUUCAUAUUCCUUGUAACAAGAUCUUUCUUUAGGUUACAAAUUCUUUUACCUCAUGACCUUGACUUAAGAAUUUGGUCUAGUUUUGAAAAACUUUUGAUUGGUUAGUGAUCGGGCUUUCAUAUUUGACAUGUGUAUUCCUUGUGACAAGACCUUUCUUUAGGUACCAUAAUUACUCUGCUGCCAUAUAGGGGGCAUCAGUGUUUCACAAACACAUCUUGUUUCUUUUUGUAAGCCUGUUGGAGGAUGGGACAUAUUAUGGUAUGGUGAUCAGAUCUUUCCAUCUGUCCCACAUCAUCAAAUGGUCAGUUGUUGCAACUUAGGUCGAAGGUGUGUCACAAUCUACAUCAAGGUCACUCACUGUGACCUAGAUUAUAAUGAUGUGGCCAUAUAUGGCAUAACCCUUUUUGGUCAAGGUCACUGUGACCUAUAAUUAUGAUGAUGUGACCAUGUAUAGCAUAACCCUUUUGGGGGCCUAUGUAGAUUUUGAGUCGUUGACUCGAUCAACAAACUUUGUCAAUUUAUACAUCCUUAGAGAUAUGUAAAUUGCAGCUUGAAAUCAGGUCAUUAAAAACUUUUAAAUUUUGGUAAUCAUUGGAAAUGAAUAUUUCAAGGGAGUUACUGUGGAUUUACAGUAAGUGUAAACGAGACAUAUCGGCAAGUACAUGACGUGCUUCAGAUAGUUCAUUUGGAAAGUCCCCGAGUGAUUUUAAAGAGCGCUUUUGAUAGGUCGGUUAAAUUAUAGGUAGGCGGUCCCAAGUAUUUGGCAUUAUAUUAUCUCGUGCCUAACAAGUGUAAGUUUCACUAUUUGAUUUCAGUGUAAGUUGCACCGUACGUAACGUGAGAUUCAAUAUUGGUUUUGAUUUGACAAGGGAGAUUUGAAAUUACGUUAGUAAAAUGUCUUGUAAAGUUUAUCUUAUAAAUACUAUAUCUACAUGUAUAAAAGUGAUGGGAUAUCUUAUAAAGAAAAAAAAUAUAAGAUGUGGUAUAAAAGAUACAAGAUAUCUCGUAAACUUUAGAAGAUAUAACUUUUAUCAGAUACCUUAAAAAAAAUUAUCUUUUAAACAGGAAUAACCGUGUUAUACUUAUAAUUCAUCGCAGUAUCAAUAGGUAUGGGAGGGGGAAUACAGGGUGAAAAAGGCGAGCUCCGAUAUGUAAAGAAAAGGCAGGAUAGCAAUAUCCCAGAAUUCAAAUAGUGCUGAAUAUUGAAAAGAAAGAAAAAAAUGACGGGAUCGAUAAUGCUGCAGGAAAAGGCAGGAUCCACAGUUGCCUCUAUAUCCCAAUAAAAUUGAAAGGUUACUCCCUUAAAUUCCUGUAGAUACUUGUCAGUUUUAAGUGAUCAGAAAUUUCAGUACAUGUUUCUAUAGGCGAUUUUGUCCGUUUAAGAACAAUGCUUUUGUUUUGUUGUCUCUUUCACAUUCGCAGUUUCCAUAUCGUUAUUUUAAAAUGAAUCUCUCGGAGGAUAUUUUCGAAAUCUUGCAAAGCAUUGGAAAAGAUCGAUGUCGGAAAAAUUUCUGAAUUCAAAUAGUUAGGGGGAAGAGGGGGUAAAAACUCGUUAGUUUCUGUCAUCCGACAUCGAUUACACGUUAGUGGGGAAAAUUUAAAACCACAUAAUACAUUUUAAUAAAUGUUUAAUAGUUUCAAUGUACAUUGUCAUUUGUUUUACUUGUUAAUCGAUUAGUUUCAACAUACUUCAUAUUUAGUUUUGUAUUGGGGGGGGGGGGGGUGUCUUGGUGAGAACUAUGCGAACUCAGUUUUCUCUAACAUUGAACAUUUGAUCUCGCCCCUAAAAUAAUUUGUCAGAUUAAGUAAUAAGAUCAAUAGAUAUUCUACUUCGAGAAAACAUUUAUUUUCAACACAUGGCAUGCUUUGAUGUCUUUUACUGUUAUAUAUACUGUUAUGUACUACGUGCCUAUUACUAUUGUUAUGUGUCAUUGCAUAUAUUGUUAUUAUUUUCUUCCUGUGUGCAUUUCUGACUGUUGCAUUAGGAUACACGGUGGUACUUACAUAUAUUACAUCAAGUAAUGUCUCGUGUUAUGUACAUUGUCUAAGCUCAUACUACUAGUAUUACUGUAUAUUAUGUGUGAACCAUAUGAAACCAUAUUGCACAUAUGCACUCAUUAUAAACAUGACAUGUUGAUCUAGUACCAAUGCACCGUCCCGUGGUAUCUUUUGCAUUACAGCGGAGUUAAUCAUAUAUACUUUACUACCUUUACUAUUAUUACAUGUAGAGUUGUUAUGUACAUGUAUAUAUAUUUUUUUUUUUUCCCCUAUGUGUAUUUCUGACUGUUUUGCAUUAGGAUACACGGUGGUACUUACAUAUAAUGCAAAUAAGUAUUAUCAUGUUCAAAUGUCUCAUGUAUGAACAUUGCUCAUAUACUAAUAGUGCAUAUUUUACUCUUGUUUUGUUUUUCUUUUUAUCGUCAUUGCACAUUGAAAUGUUAACAAUCAUGUAUGCUGUAUGCCCGAAAGGGCCCUAAUUUGGAAAUAAAUCAUAUUCUAUUCUA